AUGGUGCUGUCGUCCAACUGGUUGGAGCUUCAAAAUGGAAAGGAAUUAGGUGCCAACAAGGCCAAGAAAGGCUCGAAAGCGGUAAAGAUAAAGAAAGAUGAGAAUCGUCAUAAAAAAGCAGUUAGAUCUGAACGUAAAGGCAGCAAGAUCAUGAAUAUGGUUUACACUAUGAGCAAGGAAAUUCAGAAAGCAGAAGAGGAUAAGAGAACAGGUAAAAAGUUUGAAUUUAAGAAAGAAACUGUUGCAGAAGUACCUAGCGCUGACUUUAUCGAAAAGCCUAAACUAGUUAAUAGUGAAAAGGCCAAAGCUAUUGGCAAAUACUUGGCUAUUGAUUGUGAAUUUGUCGGUGUGGGGCCUGAGGGUAAAGAGAACGCACUUGCGAGAGUCUCCUUGGUGAAUUACUACGGACAUGUUAUUCUGGAUGAGUUUGUCAAACCUCGAGAGAAGGUCACAGAUUGGAGAACCUGGGUCAGUGGUGUCAAGCCUGAGCAUAUGAAACAAGCUGUGUCGUUCAAGCAAGUCCAACAAGAUGUCUCUAGGAUGCUCGAAGGGAAAAUUUUGGUAGGGCAUUCGGUCAAGCAUGAUCUGGAGUCAUUACUGAUAUCGCAUCCAAAACCCAUGAUCAGAGAUACUUCAAGACACCUUCCAUUUAGGCAGAAUUUUGCAAAAGGUAAAACGCCUAGUUUGAAGAAACUAGCCAAGGAAGUCUUGAAGUUGGAAAUUCAGGGAGCAGAGCAUUCGUCACUGGAAGAUGCAAGAAUUACAAUGAUGCUGUACAAAGCUGAGAAGAAAGAAUUUGAGAAAUUGCAUAAAGCUACUUUUGGAUUCCCUACGUCUGGACGGUAA